AUGCAGGAUACAAUGAUGAAAUAUGUGAGCGUCUUUUUCAAAUUCAAAGGGGAGAUCUCCUGUGUAACCUUGAAGACAACAGUGGAGGAUAUAAGUUUGGCAAUGCUAGAAGAAAAGUUGUAUAAAAAGCUUGCGUUGGAAGAAAGUAAGGUAAAACUGGCAUUGAGCAUGCCGAUGGUGUAUGGAUCUGAAGAACAGCAAAUUAUUCGUGAAGAUGAUGAUCUGUUUGGUUUCCUAACAACCGUUGAUAAAGACAACCGUAGAUCUCUCUUGUUAGUGGAGGAGACGAGUAGAUCAUAUCAGUUAGAGAAGGUAUCGAGAGUGGGCAUAAGUUCGUUUGGUAUGAACUACGAAGUGUUACAGGGAAUUGAUGAUGUUUAUGAUGAAAUCAGACCUAAGGCCAUAACUCUGUAUGUAGAAAAUGGACAAGCAAAUCAACAGAAGGAGCUGAUAGAUGCAGAGAAUGAUUUUAUGGAUACGGGCACCGCAGCUGGGACAGACACCGCAGCUGGGACAGACACUGCAGCGGAGACAGACACCGCAACUGAAAUGGACACAGCAGCUGAAACGGACACUGCAGUAGAGACGAACACCGCAGGUGAGACGGGUAUGGGUGCAGAUAAGUAUGUUGAGCAGCCACCUAUAAAAAAAGCUAGUCAGGUUAUAGAGGAUUGGGAAGUAGGUUUGGGUCUGUUUAAGUAUCAUGAGUUUCCAAGUAAGAAAGCACUUCAAGAGGUGGUCGAUAGAGCUGCAUUUGGUGAAUGCUUUCGUUAUGUUAUCAAAAACCUUGAGAGGGAAAAUCUAGCUAUUUCUGAGUUGCGUGGUGGUUCGGAAGAGAGCUACAAGAUGCUAUAUAGCUACUUGUACAUGUCAGAGCAGGUCAAUCCGGGAACAAAAACAGGGGUGAAGUUGGAUGAGGCAAAUAAGUUCAAGUACCUCUUCAUAGCUCUGGGAGCUUGUAUUGAAGGUUUUGCAGCCAUGAGGAAGGUGAUAGUUGUGGAUGCCACAUUUUUGAAGAAUGGAUAUGGUGGUGUACUAGUAUUUGCUAAAGCUCAAGAUCCUAAUCGUCACCAUUAUCCGCUUGCGAUUGGUGUACUCGACAGUGAAAAUAAUGCUAGUUGGACAUGGUUUUUCGAGAUGCACAAAACUGCUAUACCAGACUCUUCUGAAUUAGUUUUUAUGAGCGAUAGAAACCAGAGCCUCAUCGCGGCUGUAGCUAAUGUGUUUCCACAAUCUCACCAUGGCCAUUGUAUAUGGAAUUUGUCUCAGAAUGUGAGAGUGCAUGCUUGUAACACAACCAAAGCCGUAGUCGGAUGGAGAUUUAUGGAGUUGGCUAGGUGUUACACGUUGGCUGAGUUCGAGUCUGCUUACGCAUCUUUUAAGGUGAGAUAUCCUCCAGCGUACAAGUAUUUGGAGGAGCAUACUGAUAAAAGCACAUGGGCUCGGGUUCAUUUCCUAGGUGACAGAUACAACUUGGACACUAGCAACAGUGUGGAGUCAAUGAACAGUGUAUUUAAGGACGCAAGAGGACUCUGUGGCUGGGUCAUUGAUACCAAACUGGUUCCUCUUGUCGAGAUUCACUUGCAUGAGCUAUGGGGCAAAGCUGAGAAAACACCAGUGCGUGAGCUUAAUAAUUAUGAGCUUGAGUACGAUGUAACCGACACAGAUAAUGGGAAGAAUUAUGUUGUGAACUUCAUAGCGAAGAGUUGUACCUGCAAGGUGUAUGAUUAUGAAAAGUAUCCUUGUCUGCACGGACUUGUUGCUUACUUAUAUUUUCUUGAGGUUGAAGCUGCUCCUGGUCGUCGACGUGAUAUCAGGAUAAAGUAUCAUGAGUUGUGCUCAAAAUAUUACUGGACGGAACUUUCGGCAUUGGCUUAUUACAAGACAAUUUAUUCUGUGCCGGACAGGUCUUAA